CCCGCCCCGGCGGCGCUGCGGCUCCGAGCGGCGGCCCUGGGCCGGCUCCGGGCACGGCGGGCCCAUCCCGCGCCGCCCGCACCGCCACCCGCCGCCACUCCCCGCCCCGCCGGACCGGGGCCGCCCCCGCCUAUGGGUCGCCGCCGGGGCGAGGCCUGAGCGGGCCCCGAGCGCCCGGAGCCGCGAUGGGAGUGGCCGUGGGCUGAGCCGCCACCCAGGCCCUGUGGCAACACCUGGUUGGGAUGAAGAUGGAGCUGUGAGAGGAGGGGCGCACCCCCAGGCCGGUGUGGGAUGGCGAAGCUGCUGGUGCCGCUGGUGGUGCUGGGGGCGGUGGCGCAGCGCUGCCCCCCGCGCUGCCUCUGCCCCGCGGCCGCCCCCAGCCCCACGCUGCUGUGCGCCCGCACGGGGCUGCUGGCGGUGCCGCCCAGCCUGGACCGCGGAGCCGUGGAGCUGCGCCUGGCCGACAACUUCAUCGGGGCCGUGGGCCGCACCGACUUCGCCAACAUGAGCAGCCUGGUGCACCUGACGCUGUCGCGCAACGGGCUGCGCCGCCUGGCGCCCGGAGCCUUCGCCGACCUGCGGGCGCUGCGGGCGCUGCACCUGGACGGCAACCGGCUGCCGGCGCUCAGCGGCCCGCAGCUGCGCGGCCUGGCCAGCCUGCGGCACCUCAUCCUGGCCAACAACCAGCUGGCCGCCAUCGAGCCCGCCGCCUUCGCCGCCUUCGCUGCCACCGUGGAGGACCUGGACCUGUCGCACAACAACCUGCCCGCGCUGCCCUGGGAGGCGGUGGCGGCCAUGGCCAGCCUGGCCACGCUGACGCUGGACCACAACCUGCUGGAGCGCGUCCCCGCCACCGCGCUCAGCCGCCUGCCGCGCUUGGCCCGCCUGGACCUGACCGCCAACCGCCUGCGGGCGCUGCCCCCGGUGCCGGGCCCGCCGGGGCCCAGCCUGGCGGCGGGGGGCAACCCGCUGCACUGCAACUGCGAGCUGCUGUGGCUGCGGCGCCUGGCGCGGCCCGACGGGCUGGAGAGCUGCGCCUCGCCGCCGUCGCUCGCCGGCCGCCUGCUGUGGGCCGUGCCCGAGGAGGAGCUGGCGUGCCGCGCGCCCCACAUCGCCGGAGCGGCCGCCAGUCCCAGCGCGGUGCUGGAGGGGCAGCCGCUGCGCCUGGGCUGCGCCGCCAACGGGGACCCCCCGCCCGCACUGCACUGGUUGGGCCCCGACGGGCGCCUGGUGCAGAACGGCUCGCGCCGGGCGCUGGGUGCCGACGGCUCCUUGCAGCUGCGCGUGGCCACGCUGCGCGACCACGGCGCCUUCACCUGCGUGGCGUCCAACGCGGCCGGGGAGGCCGCCGCCCGCGUGGAGGUGGCGGUGCUGCCGCUGCCGGUGCCGCACCGCCACGGCGACGGGGACGGGGAGGCGCAGGCCGGUCCCGGGCCCUCAGACAUGGCGCGGGCGGGAGCCAACGAGUCGCUGCCGGCCGGCGCGGAGCGGCGCAUCGUGGCGGCGGACCUGACGGCGUCGUCGGCGCGCAUCCGCUGGCUGCCGCAGCGCCACGUGCCGGGGCUGCGCAUGUUCCAGAUCCAGUACAACAGCUCCAUCGACGACUCGCUGGUCUACAGGCUGCUGCCCCCCUCCAGCCGGAGCUUCGUGCUGCGGGAUUUGGCCGCGGGCCGCGAAUACGACCUCUGCGUCUCCGCGCUGUACGCCGAAGGCGGCGCCGCGCCGCCCGCGUCCCGCGCUCUGGGCUGCGUCCGCUUCGCCACCGCCGGUGGAGCCCCGGGCUGCGCCGCCCCCCGGCCCCACUUCCUGGGGGGCACCGUCAUCAUCGUCAUCGGCGCCGCCAUCGCCGCCUCCGUCCUCGUCUUCAUCCUCAUCCUCACCGCCCGCUACAAGGCCGCCCGCCGCCCGCCCGCCGCCGCCGUCGCCAGCGUCUGCUCGCAGACCAACGGCGCCCACAGAGCCCCGGAGCCCGAACCGCCCCCCCCCGCCGCCCCCGCCGGUGCCCGCGGCUCCCCCGGCCCUGAGCGCGCCCGGCGGCGCCCGCGCGCUGUUUCCCAGCCACAGCUUCCCUCGGCGCGCCCGGACUCGGCGGCACGGAUCGCUGCCGCGCCUCGACGCGCCCGACGCGCUGCCCCCGCUGCGCCCGUCGUUCGGCAGCACCCACUGGAUGCUGGAGAGCACCGUGUGACGGGGGGCGGCACCCCGGGGCGCUGGCGGCGGCGCUGGGGCUGCCCCCGGGUGCGCCCUCGGGUGCUGUUCCGGGCGCCCUUAGGGGCCGGAAGGCAGCGCGGGGUGCUCCUCCGCGCCCUCGGAUGCCGAUGGACCUUUGGGUGCCCAAACGCGGCCUUGGGUGCCUCCCAGCUUCAAUAGGUGCCGGUGGACGUGGGGGGGGGGGGGGUGUAAGGGUACCCUCGGAUGCCCCUCUGCACCUUCAGGUGCUCGGCUGCACCCUUGGGUGCCAGCGGACCCCCUGGGAGUCCGAACGUGCCCGGGGUGCCCACGGGUGCAGCUCUGGGUGCUGGAGGUGGCUGCAGGUGCUGGUGAGCUGCGGGUGCCCUCGGGGGCUUGAAAACAGCUGGGGGGGCUCCUCUGCACCCGUGGGUGCCCCGGCGCGGUACUGGGUGCCAGCGAACGUGGGGGUCCAAACACGCCCUUGGAUGCCCCUCAGCGCCUUUGGGUGCUCCUCUGCACCCCCGGGUGCCAACGGAUACCGCGGGUCCGAAAGCGCCGGGGCGUCUGCACACCCACGGGUGCCCCCGUGCAGCCUCAGCACCUCUGGGUGCCCCCACCGUAUGCACCCACUCGGUACCCCCCGCCCCCGGGGCGCCCCUGGGUGCUUCCCCUCUCCCCCCCCCCGCCCCCACCCCGACACACGUUGCGCCCGGCCCCCCCCGCGGUGCCUUCGGCCGGGUGGCGGGGGGCCCCGCGCACGCCCCCGCAAUGUCUGCACAGAUGACACGAGCCCCGCAGCCCCCCCCGAUCUGGCUGGUCUGGAUACCCCGCGGGGGUCGGGCCCCCCCCCGCGACUGCCCUUCCCCCCCCCCCCCCCCCCCCCCCAUGCCCUAUCUGUCCCCCCCCGGUGUCCCCUCGACUCGUUUGCCCCCCCCUUCCCCCGCCCAGUCCCAUUUCUCCUCCCGUCCCCGUCGUUGCCCCCCACCAGCCGCCCCCGGGCCCCCCCGGCCCGCCGCAGUGUUUAACACAAGUUUUUACAUUAAAAACCUGUGCCCCCCCCCACCCGGGGCCAUUAAA